AUCUCCCAUAAUGCAUAUCGGGAAAUGACGAUGUUUUCAGUCGCCGCUGCUCCAUGUCUCUUCAUUAAUGCAAUAGCAUAGUAGCCACGGUUUUUUUUCUCGAAGAUUGCUCAUUCAAAGGCGUCUCCAUGGUGAUGAAGUCAUCGGUGGAGGAGGAUGAUGCUGGCUGGAGUCUUGGAGUGCCAGAGAAGAUGAGAAGCAAUGCAAACUGGGUGGAUAUCACCCAGGACUUUAAAGCAGCCUGCAGAGAGCUGAACCUCGGAGAGCUGCUCCAUGACAAACUGUUUGGGCUCUUUGAGGCCAUGUCCGCCAUCGAGAUGAUGGACCCAAAGAUGGAUGCUGGAAUGAUCGGUAACCAAGUGAACCGGAAGGUGCUCAACUUUGAGCAGGCUGUGAAGGAGGGGGCGAUACGUGUACGAGACUUAAGUCUGCCGGAGCUCAUCGGCAUCAUAGACACCUGCUUCUGCUGUCUGAUCACAUGGUUGGAGGGCCACUCUCUAGCCCAGACAGUCUUCACCUGCCUGUAUGUGCACAACCCAGAGCUCAUCCAGGACCCUCCCCUCAAGGCCUUCUGCCUGGGCCUGCUCAAGCUGUGUGACAUCGCCCGUGACAAGAUCAACAAGGCAGCUGUGUUCGAGGAGGAAGAUUUCCAGGCCAUGACCUAUGGAUUUAAAAUGGCUAACAACGUGACAGACCUACGAGUGACAGGUAUGCUGAAGGAUGUGGAAGAUGACCUCCAGAGAAGAGUUAAGAGCACACGCAGCAGGCAGGGGGAGGACCGAGACCCUGAGGUGGAGCUGGAGCAUCAACAGUGCCUGGCCCUGUUCAGCAGAGUCAAGUUUACACGUCUCCUCCUCACUGCACUCAUUGCCUUCACCAAGAAAGAGACCAGUGCAGUGAGUGAGGCUCAGAAGCUGAUGACUCAAGCAGCUGACCUCCUGUCUGCCAUCCACUCAACCAUUCACCAUGGCAACCAACCCCAUAAUGACACCACUAAAGGAGAUCACCCAAUUAUGAUGGGAUUCGAGCCCCUGGUGAAUCAGAGGCUCCUGCCCCCGACGUUUCCUCGUUACGCAAAGAUCAUGAAGAGGGAGGAGAUGGUGGAGUACUUCAGCAAACUCAUCCAGCGCAUCAUCACCGUCUGCAACAUCAUCAACACCACCAACCUGCAUGGCAUUCUGGAUUUCUUCUGUGAGUUCAGUGAGCAGUCUCCCUGUGUACUCUCCAGGUCUCUUCUACAGACGACGUUUUUAAUUGACAAUAAGAAAGUGUUUGGAACGCACCUCAUGCAGGAUCUCAUCAAAGACGCCCUCCGAAGCUUUGUCAGUCCACCAGUCCUGUCCUCUAAAUGCAGUCUGUAUAAUAAUCCCCAGGCCAAAGACUACAUCGACUCCUUCCUCACACACUGUUCACGGCCGUUCUGCAGCCUGAUCCAGAUUCACGGACACAACCGCGCUCGACAGAGAGACAAGCUGGGACACAUACUAGAGGAGUUUGCCACACUUCAAGACGAGGCUGAGAAAGUGGACGCUGCCCUCCACAGCCUGCUGCUGAAGCUGGAGCCGGGCCGGCAGCACCUGGCCUGUGUGGGCACCUGGGUGCUGUACCACAGCCUGCGCAUCAUGAUCCUCUACCUGCUCAGCGGCUUUGAGCUCGAGCUCUACAGCACACACGAGUACUACUACAUCUACUGGUAUCUGUCGGAGUUCCUGUACGCGUGGCUGAUGUCAACACUGAGCCGGGCGGACAGCUCUCAGAUGGCCGAGGAGAGGAUCCUGGAGGAGCAGCAGAAGGGCCGCAGCAGCAAGAAGAGCAAGAAGAAGAAAAAGGCUCGUCCUCUAGGCAAAGAGAUCACCAUGAGCCAGGCCUACCAGAACAUGUGUGCUGGCAUGUAUAAGACUAUGAUAGCGUUGGAUAUGGACGGUAAGGUGCGUAAGCCUCAGUUUGAACUGGACAGUGAACAGGUGCGCUAUGAGCAUCGCUUCGCCCCCUUCAACAGUGUGGUCACGCCCCCGCCCGUCCACUACAUCCAGUUUAAGGAGAUGUCUGACCUGAAGAAGUACAGCCCCCCUCCUCAAUCAGCAGACCUCUACAUGGCGGCCAGUAAACACUUCCAGCAGGCCAAGCUGAUCUUGGAGAACAUCACCAGCCCUGAUGCAGAGGUCAAUCGGAUUCUCAAAGUUGCCAAACCAAACAUUGUAGUGAUGAAGCUGCUUGCCGGAGGACAUAAAAAAGAGACUAAGGCCUUGCCCGAGUUCGAUUUCUCCGCGCACAAAUAUUUCCCUGUGGUGAAGAUUAUAUGAGGCCUCUCUACUGUGUGACCGCACGCACACGCACGCACACACACACUCUUCUGCUGAAAGGACAAACUGUACGCUGGAACUCCGAACCCCCCCAAGAAGGUUGUUUAUUCUCCUCAACACUCCAAAGACAUCACAAAUAAACAUACAGACAAAACAUCUAACAGUCAAUCAUCCCAGCUGCCUAAUACGCAAUUUCACACAACAACGGAAGUUCAUUUCAAUGUUGAAUAAAAGACUUGGUAAUUAAUAUAAAAAA